AUGGAAAUGGAUUUACCUGUGGGUAAACUAAGUCAACUAUUAAAGCAGAUUUGGUGGCAUAGCCAAUCGAUAAACCAGACCUUUUUGUGCAGUGACCUUCAAGAUAAGGACGGAGAAGGAGCCUGGGUCUCUACAAUGAUCUUGUUGUGUCAAGAACUUAAUGGGGCUCUCUGCCAACAUUUGGAACAUGUAAGCGGGACACUACAAGUCACUUGUCAGCAACUGCACAUUCUCCUUGACAAACAGAAACCUUGCAUUUGGAGAGAAGAAAUUAAUGCUCUCAUAGACUGCCUUAAGAAAAUAAGUGAUUAUUUGAAGAGCACUGUUAUACAUCUUCAGAAAAAGGAAAAGGAUAUAGUUAAUUUACAAGCCAUGAAUCACCAAUAUAUUUCACUACACACACAAUCUACCAUCCAAAAUAUCUUCAGUGGAACAAACAUUUCUGAAAAAGGGAAAAUGGAUUAUAUUGAAACAGCUCAUGAUUCCAGUCAACCAUUUCCUCAAAUUUCUCCUCCAAGUGAAGGAGAAAGUCACAGUAUGAGCCAAAUCCAGACACAAGAAAACAAGGAACUGAUGACUUCUGCAUAUGCGGAGGAAGAAAAUAUCACAUUAAUGAAUGGAAAUGUCAUGAGACAAGAAAUGGAAUUUAAUGAGAUGUCCUUGGAAAAUAUGGCAGAAAAGCUUUGUAAACAAAUAGAGGCAGCUGAUGGAGAGAAAAAUAAUGUGAAAAGGGAAGAAAUUAAUGCUACUAGAUCUAGUAAAGAAUUUCCAAGAGAAUUUCAAAGUAUUAUGGAGAAUAUGAAUGAAGAGAAUAGAAUGUCUUCCAUGAAUGAUAUUGAGAAUAGAUAUGGGGGAAAUGUUCUUACAAAUGAUUUAGAGAAUCUAAGCCAAACAAAUCAAGUCCUGGAAAAAGCAUAUCUUGUUAGUCCAGUUAAUGAGACUGGUUCCAAAGUAGCCUGUUAUAUUACAGCACCAUCAUCUGUUCUACAAAACCUGACCUGCCAGAUAAUAAAUGAUAUGAGUUCUUUGGUAGUUAAUGAUUCUGAAGAGUUGGUCAGCAAUGUCAUAUCUGUUGAGUACUCAGACCAUGAGAAGAGAAUACCAUUUCCAAUCAGCAUUGCAAUCCCAUUUAGUGCACGCUACCGGGGAAAUUACAGAGACAUCAUGGUAAAAGUGUCUGAUGGAGACCUUCAAUCAAGUUACAUAAACUUAAGUUCAUUGGAAGGAACUCGAGGAAGUCAUAAGGGGACCUGGGCUGAAGUGAAAGUUUAUAAGCUUGGCAUCUUUUCUGUGGUGUCGUGCCUAAAGAAAGAAUCCUUUAUGGUUCCGAAGAAAGGCCUUUCCCUAAAGCUCAGCAUGGAUCCCCGGAUCUCCUUAAGUUAUCCCUCAGGAGUUUUCACCUCUUCAGUUCUUGUACAGUUAAAGGUCCAGCCAAUAGAUCCUUCACUACUGUCAACAUUAAAAACGAAACAAGAUAUUUAUUAUUCAGUAGUAUCAACUAGUCCUUUAAUCCAUCUCCAACAACCAUCAACACAUCCUUUUCAUAAACCAGUCACUAUCAUCCUUCCCUGUUCUCCAAAUACAGAAAGAAAAACUCCUGGUGCUGAGAUAGAACAUAAAAGGGCAAUUAGUGCUACUUUUAGAAAGAUCACAACAUCCUACCACAUCCGGGCAAAGAGUGCUUCUAUAAGAAAACCUGGAGACAAUGUCAGUGAGUCAUUGAAACUACUGGGUUUCAGAACCCGAGAGGGAGGUUGGUUUGUCCUCGAUGAUGCUGUUGUGAGAAAUGUGCAGAGUGGAAUUGUAUCAUUUGAAUUGCAUGAACAUUUAGACAGAUGCAGAAAUGCUGAGAUGAGUAUCAUUAUUCAAGAAGUGGCACUACAGAAGAAUCAUUUAGGCUGCACUGAAAAUGCAAACCAGGAUUUGGAUCAGCAUUCAGAGACAUUGAUUUUACCUCCAGACUUGGAAGAAACAAUUGCUGAGCACACCCAGACUCCAAUGUACAAUCAUGAAAAAUUAAUCAACCAUCCACAGAGCACUAAACGAACAUCCACAGAUCCUUCAGAAGCCCUUUGGGAAAACCUGCUGUACUGGUUGGCUGAAGAACUAUCGGAAGAAAAUGCAGCAUCCCUUGCCGAAUCCCUCCCUCUCCGGCGAAGCACCAUUCAACUUGUCAAACUGAAGAAUCCUGAUAACCUAACUGAGCAGAUCUAUGAAUUUCUUUCCUUCUGGAAGAAAACCCUCCCAACGUCUGUGGAUAAACAACGGCUCCUAUCACGUCAUCUUCGGAAGAUUGGCAGGAGCGAUCUUUCAGAAGAGCUCAAAUAUAGGUGGGAGAAUAAGGUCUUCUCUGAACUUCAGCUGUGGUCAGAUGUAGAGCAGUAA